AUGUUUGAUUUACCAUCCCGUAUAAAAUUCGAAACGUAUUUUGGUAAUCAUCAUAGGGAUGUGUGCAUUGUUUUAAAUGAGUUAGGUUUUUAUAAUGGACGUACACUAUGUGAAGCGAAAUGGAAUAUUGCAGAUUCAUUAAAUGCUAUUUAUUCAAAAUUAAACAAUGAAGCCACGUCGCUAUAUUAUGAAAUAGACGGAAAAUUCGUUAUUAAACCUGGUAUUGUUAGCGGUAUACAACAGUUAAUCAAUAAUUUAAAAGAACUAUUAAGAAAAAAUAAUAAACGAAAUUCACAUCAUAAUCAUGAUCAUUCAACAACUAGUGAUACAAUGAGUGAUAGUUACACUGAACCAUUAACUAAAAGACGAAAAAAUGCUAAAUAUAGAAUUCUACAGCGUGUUACAUUAUCAAGUCGAAAUGAUCAAUCAUUUAGUGAAAACGAUUAUAUGAUUCCUUAUAUUCCAAUCAUUCCAUUUCAAAAUUCUGAUGAUGAAACAAUCUUAAUUCAAUAUGAAUCGUGUUCAAGACAACGUAUAUUACAUUUUAUUCAAGCACAUCUUCAUAUACAAGAAAGUCAAGCAGCACAAGUUCAGAGAAAAUUAUUAGAAGAAUUUCGAAUUUAUUCAGAACGACUUUAUCAAUUUUUACAAUAUGUUAGGAAUAAUAAAACAUUGUUAAACGAUAUUGAAGACAAAGUAAACAAUAAACAACAUCAACAACAGGAAAAAUUUUCAUAUUUAAUUGAAAUUCUUAAACCAUAUUUUAACGACUUUAAGUCUAAAUGUCAAUGUUAA